CCACAUGCCUGGGAAGCCAGGGUCCAACAUGGAUCUUCCCCUAGAUAUCAGCUGAGCCUGAAAGACUCAUCCCUCAGAGACCAUGGAGAGGGACAGCCACCCGAAUGGCUCCCCAGCAGGGACAUCUCCGGCUCGGGCAUCUCCGACUGGGACAUCUCCGGCCCGGGCAUCUCCGGCCCGGGCAUCUCCGGCUCGGGCAUCUCCGGCUCGGGCUUCACCUUCCAGGUCAUCAUCCAGCAGGUCAUCAUCUGCCAGGUCGGCCUCCGUGACAUCCUCCCCAACCAGAGUGUACCUGGUUAGAGCAACACCAGUGGGGGCUGUACCUGUCCGGGCAUCUGCUGCCAGGUCAGCACCAGCCACCAGGGCCACCAGGGAGAGCCCAGGUAUCAGCCUGCCCAAGUUCUCCUGGCGGGAAGGCCUGAAGCGGCUGCCCCUCAUCGGGUGCGUGAUCCUCCUCAUCGCCCUGGUGGUGUCGCUCAUCAUCCUCUUCUACUUCUGGCGGGGCCACACGGGGAUCAAGUACAAGGAGCAGGUGGAGAGCUGUCCCAAGCAUGCCGUUCGCUGUGAUGGGGUGGUGGACUGCAAGCUGAAGAGUGAUGAGCUGGGCUGCGUGAGGUUUGACUGGGACAAGUCUCUGCUUAAAGUCUACUCUGGGUCCUCCCAUCAGUGGCUUCCCAUCUGCAGCGACAGCUGGAAUGAUUCCUACUCAGAGAAGACUUGCCAGCAGCUGGGCUUUGAGAGUGCUUACCGGACAACCGAGGUAGCUCACAAGGAUUUUGCCAGCAGCUUCUCAGUCUCUGAAUACAACUCCACCAUCCAGGAAAGCCUCCGCAGGUCUGAAUGCCCUUCGCAGAAUUACGUCUCUCUCCAGUGUUCCCACUGUGGACUGAGGGCCAUAACUGGGCGGAUCGUGGGAGGGGCGCUGGCCCCAGAGAGCAAGUGGCCUUGGCAAGUCAGUCUGCAUUACGGCACCACCCACAUCUGUGGAGGCACGCUCAUCGAUGCCCAGUGGGUGCUCACUGCUGCCCACUGCUUCUUCGUGACCCGGGAGAAGAUGCUAGAUGGCUGGAAGGUGUACGUAGGCACCAAUAACCUGCAGCAUCUGCCUGAGGCAGCCUCCAUCUCCCAGAUCAUCAUCAACAGCAACUACACGGAUGAACAGGAUGACUAUGACAUCGCCCUCAUGCGGCUCUCCAAGCCCCUGACCCUUUCCGCUCACAUCCACCCUGCCUGCCUCCCCAUGUCUGGACAGACCUUCAGCCUCAAUGAGACCUGCUGGAUCACAGGCUUUGGCAAGACCAAGGAGACAGAUGAGAAGACUUCCCCUUUCCUCCGGGAAGUGCAGGUCAGGCUCAUCGACUUCCACAAGUGCAAUGACUACUCCGUCUAUGACAGUUACCUUACUCCGAGGAUGAUGUGUGCUGGGGACCUCCGUGGGGGCAGAGACUCUUGCCAGGGAGACAGUGGGGGGCCUCUUGUCUGCGAGCAGAACAGCCGAUGGUAUCUGACAGGGGUCACCAGCUGGGGUACAGGCUGUGGCCAGAAAAACAAGCCCGGUGUGUAUACCAAAGUGACAGAAGUCCUCCCCUGGAUUUAUAGCAAGAUGGAGAGUGAAGUGCGCUUCCGGAAAUCCUAACGCAGCUGGCCUGCUCCUCCUCAUAGCACUGGCUGCUGUGAAGGCUCUGGCUGCAGUGACUGGCCAUUUGCAGCAUCAUCACGGCUCACUGCCACCAGGCCCCUUCGUUCUCCCACCUCCACUGUCUGCUGCCUCUGCGUGUGUGUGUGUGUGUUGCUGGUCUCCUAAGUUCUUCAGAAACCAGGAGAGCUGUCAACUCUUCUGGAAAUCCCAGGCUGGAAGUCGUCUGAAGAUAAGCGUACAGGUGCCAUGGGUACUCCUACAGAGAUGUCUAUAAAUGGAUGGAGGAGGUGGAGCCCAGAGCCCAGGGAAGGGCCUGGAAUUCUUGCUCCUCUGACCCUGACUUGGAGACUAGCCCAGUGUGGGAGACAUCAGCAGCCCAGGUGAUGCCACUGCUGUCCCAGGACAGAUAACAGGUUUUGUUGGUAUACCAGCCUCCCAGCGCCUGGACCAUCUUUAGCAGAAAGCUACUCAGUGGUGUUAGGAGCAUUGCGCCCUCACUCAGGCCUCCUGCUGGUGCCUGGGAUGUCAAAAGUUGUGCUCUGGCUAACAAUCGUGAUGACUGUGGAUAGGUCUCCAAGCAAUUGGUCAUCAGGCUAUUGGGGCAGAUUUUAUUAUAUUAUAUUAUUUUAUUUUUAUAUUCAAGAAAUGGAAAUAGAUGUAUUUUUAAAGAUUCUUUAAAGCUUACACGAGCCUUGAGCAUCAAUCAUCCCAAGAACUCCAGGGGACUCAUGGAAGUUGUGCCAAUUCAGAGUCCUACAAAACGUUUCUGGCUUCCAAGGACUGCCUAAAGGACUGGACGAAGUCCCCAGGAUGGAUGUGUCCCCAGUUGGUACAGCAUCUGGAGCUCCUUUGAGAUACUUGGGGGGAAGCAAAUCUGCAUUUGGGCUGGCGGGCAAGUCUAAUGCAGAGACCCAUGAUCCAUUCCUGCAUCCAAGGGCUCCAACCCAGGCUUCAAGAAAUGGACGCUGCUCCCUGCCUGGGCUCCCAGGUGCUGGACUGGACUCCCAGGGAAGUCCAGGUGGACAGCAUCACUCAUUCUCAGGGGAACUUCUAAGCCUUUGGGGCUUCUUGUUAGCCUUCCCCACCUUUCAGUUUCUCAGUUGUUCCAGAAACUUAGCAUAGCAGUAAAAGCUGUCAUGGAGAGAAAGUUAAUCCUGUCCGCAGGUCCCCCCGCAAAUAGCUCUUGUGAAGGAUCCCAGUUGACCCUGCUCCUGCAAACCCUCAGAGGGGCUGGCCUUGCCCCAGGCUUUUCUCUGGGGCAGCUAUUUCUCCCCAAGUCGUCUUCUCCUCACCUCCUCAAGCCAGUCUAGGUCCCUGUGGCACAGUGCCACAGAGGCAGAAUAUAAAUAGAUCAGCCCAGCCCAGCCCAGCCCAGCUCAGGCAGGUGGCUCCCAGGGGAAAGACUUCCCCAGAAGAGAAGGCUGGAGUUGGCUGGAGUGCCUGGACAGGUGUGAAGGGACUGGAUACAUUGGGGAAUGUUAGCAAGUCUGGGGAAGGGGUCAAGUCCAUGUUUACAGCAGUCCCCCAGCAAUGGUCUUCUGCAAUAAAAGUCGCAUGACCUGAAGAAUUUGUCUUUGGAUAUUUUACUGGUACACUAUGGAAAAAAUUGAGAUUGCCCAUCCAGGUGCUCAGACAUCUUCAGUUUUGAUUCUUAGUUUUGGCUCCUCAUCGU